ACAAAGGCAUCGAUGCCUUGCAUUGUAAAAACGUAAACAACUGGCAACACGUGCGCGGCUUUUACAAAAUUGUGUUUUAAAAAUGGAAUUAUUUACAGUAAAUCGCUAUACCGAGGAUCAAAACAAAGGCACAAAAGACACUGGCGAAGCCACAAGUGAGGAUGCAAUUUUACAGAAGCUACUGCAGAAGGCAGAAAAACGAAAAAGGAAACACAAAAGCAGCGAUUCAACAAUAACAAAACCAGAGACAGUGCCUGCUGCUGAGCAGCCAGCAAAAGAUGAAGCAGCACCUAAGAAACCAGAUGCUGAAGCAGAGCCAAAGGCAGAUCAACCAGCUGAACCCACAGAAACUGAGGUUUCAAAUGAUUUCCAAGUACUUGGCGCAGAUGCGUCGGCGGCCAAGCGGCAAAAAGUGGAAAUGGUUUUGCCCGCUUGGCUGGCACAUCCAACAAUCAUCGAAGGAGGCAGCCUGGACCCAGCAGACAGUCCCACCACCGAGACGGACGUGGCAUCCAUCAAACAGCUGCCCUACCUAGAGAAGAACACAUGCAGUGUGCUCAAGCAAAUGAAGAUCAAGCGACUGUUUCCUGUCCAAACCGCAGUUAUACCCUGGAUACUGGAGGCACAGGCCAAGCCGGAGCCAUUUCGGCCGCGGGAUAUCUGCGUCUCGGCACCCACAGGCAGCGGCAAGACAUUGGCUUUUGCAAUACCCAUUGUUCAGCUGUUGGCCAAGCGCGUACAGUGCAAAGUGCGCGCUUUGGUGGUGCUCCCAGUUGCUGAGUUGGCGCUACAGGUGUACAAGGUGUUUAACGCACUGUGUAGCAAGACAGAGCUGGAGGUGUGCCUGCUCUCCAAGCAGCAUCGCCUAGAGGAUGAACAGGAGAAGCUGCUGGAGCAAUAUAAAGGCGUCUACUACUCCAAGGUGGACAUUGUAGUCACUACGCCAGGUCGUCUAGUGGAUCAUUUGCAUGCCACCAAAGGCUUCUGCCUGAAGUCGCUGCAGUUUCUGGUCAUCGACGAGGCGGAUCGCAUAAUGGACGCUGUCUUCCAGAACUGGCUCUAUCACUUGGACACACAUGUGCGUACGACGACUGAUCAGCUGCUGACAGGUGUUCAGGCACCACUUUGCUAUCAGGAGUUGCUCAACAGCUAUGGUAAGCAGCCGCACAAGCUGCUCUUCUCCGCCACACUCUCGCAAGAUCCCGAAAAGCUGCAGAAUUUGCGUCUGUUUCAGCCGAAACUGUUUACCACGGUGCUGACAAUGCCAGCUCUACAGUUAGGUCUAGGCAACGCCGAGCAGCCCGAACAGGGCGUAGAGCAGAGCAGUCAAUUUAUUGGAAAGUACACCACGCCGGCGGAAUUGACGGAGCAGUACUGUCUGACGGAAAUGCGCCUGAAGCCGCUCACAUUGUACGCCAUGGUCCUACUAAAUGGCUGGAAGCGGUUCCUGUGCUUUACCAACAGCGCCGAUACAGCCAACCGUCUGGCCUUUGUGCUCCAGCAAUUAUUCGGGGGGUCGCCCACCAGGGUGGAAGAGCUCUCCGCAAAAAUGUCAGCGGCAAUGCGCGCCCAACGUCUUACAGAAUUCGCGCGUGGCAGCAUUCAUGGCCUGAUCUGCUCUGAUGCGCUGGCGCGCGGCAUUGAUGUGCCAAAUGUGGAUAUUGUUGUGUCCUACGAGGCGCCACGUCACAUUAAAACAUACAUACAUCGCGUGGGCCGCACGGCGCGCGCUGGCCACAAAGGCACAGCCAUAACUCUGCUCACGGACAAGGAUCAGGCACAAUUCAAAAAAAUGCUCUACGAAGUGGGCAAAUCGAUGGGCGAGGAGAUAACCGUUUCGCCGGACAUUGAAGCGGAGCAUGCAAACAUUUACAAGAGUGCUUUGGAUAAGCUGCGCCUGCGUCAAGAGAAUCAGAAGUCCGAGAAAAAGCUGCAGAAGCUGCGCCUGACACGCAAAUCGAUGGUGCACAAGAAUCCUGAUAAACCGUUGACCCUCAUGGAGAAGCUGCAACUCAAGGCGGGCGCCCAAGCUCUGCCCGACGCGAAGCCUCAAAGGGAGCAUAAAGAAGCCAAGCCAAAGCCCGAAAAGCGCGCCAAGCAUAAACGCGAACCUAUCAAACAGUAAACGGGACUUGGGUAAAUACUGACAAUGUUUAAUAUAUGUAGCUAAAAGUUAAAAUAUAUAGAAAUAUAUUAUGUAUGCACGUAA